CCCUCCCAGGCAACAACCACUGUUGUAGCAACAGAGUUGAAACUUGUGAGAAAUUAACAUCACUUUCAUUUAGGUAAGAAUGCCAUUAAUGGUCAAAGAUUAUUCAUGGACUCAAACGGAGUCGAAAGUGUACAUUAGUGUUCCUUUAAAGGGGAUGAAUGCUAAACAUGUUGACAUUUUUGCAACGGAUGAAUAUUUAAAGGUACAUUUCCCUCCCUUUUUAUUUGAGGCAUUCCUAUUUGCACCUGUGGAUGAUGAUAAAAGUAUUGCAAAGAUUGGAAACGGAGUGGCUGUUUUUACAUUACAAAAACAGAAAGAGGAACUCUGGAAUCAACUUAUCACCUACAAUGAGGACAGAGAGAAACAGAAAGAAAUCAGGCAAAAAGCAAUUCUUAAAGCCCAGGAAAAAGCAGCUGCUGACUCAAAAGCUAAAGCAGCACAGAAGCAGGAGGAGAGCAAAUUUGCUCUACAAACUAUGAUGAAGCUUGAGGAAGAGGAGAGAGCAAAAAUUCAGAAAAUAAAGAAUGACGAGUGUAAGAAGGCUGUAAAUGAGUUAGAAACCUGGAAACUGGAGCACAAAUCAAAGGAAGAGAAGGCUAUCCAGCCACAACGACAAAGUAUCCAAUCAGUGAGAAACACUGAAAUUAGCAAAGUUGAAAAGUUAUCUGUCCCCUUGUCCUCAGGAAGAGUUGGCGUUAUACCUCAGCUAGGUAAUAAAAAUGUCCCCAAAACUGAAAAUGUUAAUUUGCCGGGUCCAAGGUCUUGUGGCAAUAUUAAAGUAAAUUUCACACCAAGAGUCUUUCCCACUGCAUUGCGAGAAUCCAGAGUUCCUGAAGAGGAGGAGUGGCUCAAAAAGCAAGCUGAAGCCAGGCGUGUAGUGGCUGCAGAUUUGGCAGAGCUUGAUGACCUCAAGCCAGAGGAGAGGAAUCCUGACUGGUUGAAGGAGAAAGGGGACAAAUUCUUUGUUGCUGGGAAUUACCAGGCCGCCCUCAAUGCGUACAACCUCGCUUUGAAGCUCAACAGAAAACUUCCUUCACUGUACUCUAACCGUGCUGCAUGUCAUCUCAAGCUAAGGAAUCUUCACAAAGCUAUUGAAGACUCCUCUCAAGCACUGGAGUUACUAACCCCACCAGUUGCUGACAAUGCAGCUGCCAGGUUGAAGGCUCAUGUAAGAAGAGGCACUGCAUUUUGUGAGCUUGAGCUAUAUGUUGAAGGUCUGCAGGACUAUCAUGCUGCUCUGAAAAUUGACCCUGACAAUCAAAAACUACAAGAAGACACUCAAAAAAUUAGAGACAUCAUUCAAGGGGCCUUAGGCUAAACCCUACUUGAAUGAAGCAGUGGGUGACAGUGUUUGAUUUGAAAUGUAUCAAGUAAAUGCCUGUUGUUGAAUGUUUGCUACGAAGAAAGGGACAUGAUGUACAUGUGUAAAUAAAACUAAAUGUAGAAUUUUUAUAACAUAAGGUUAAAUAUACUGGCAACAUCCCUUUCUUAUAUACUUUAUAUAUACCAAUAGUUUAAUCACAUCAUGAUGUGACAAGUGUCAGAUGAACAUGUAAUACAUACUUAAAUAAUGAAUGAAUAAUACACACGAUUUUGCUCACGACUUUGCUUUCAUCUUCCAUCUUUAUUGAGAAAGGAUUAUGCUCAAACAUAACCUACAUUGUCAUCAUGCUAGUUUACAAUGUGUUGUAGGACAUCCAGUGUAGUAACUGUUUUUUAACUAGAACUGUCCUAGAGUUCAACUGUCAAACUGCCAGCUACAGUUACACCUUGCUUCUGUCCAAGCUAGUAUUGAAGGAAUUGUCACGGUACAUUCCACACGUUCCCAGGUGUUCUGAGAAUUUCUGUGAUAAAGGGUGGUAGGUGCAGGGUGAAGAUUCGAAUGUAGGAGGGUUGUGUCCAUAAUCAGAGGAUGUUCUCUUGUAAAAAGGACUAGCGGUGGCUUUGUUUGUGUCUUGAGAUGGCAUCUGAGAAACUGGAUUCAUCAUACAGGAAAACACAGGGUUCCCAGGGUUGACACAGUGUGCGCUAUUUCUGUUUCCUUCAGACAUUGUGGAGUGGAUAGAUGGAUGUAAUCUAUAGAUGAAGGACAGAUUAUUUGAUUAUACGCAACAUCUAUUAUCAAGAGCUCAUUUAUUCUGUCAAUGUUAAGGUGUGAAUUAGCCUACAAUAAACUCUGGCAAACCUGA